CCGGUAUGCUGAAAUGUAAAUAAUUGAAAUUAUUAAUGGUCCUACAGCUGUUGCCGAAGUUUCUUGGUCUUGUAGGACUAAUAUACUGGUAUUCUUCUUUUGUUUCCAACGUAAUAAAACAAAAUAAUGAACAUGAGUUAAAAUUGCCUGUCUUUAUUAACUGUACAGUACAGUCCUUACAGCCCACAGUGCCACAGUGGAGCAGGCUGAGCAGGAUCGACAGUCACUGAUUAAUUGAGUGUGUGACACUGAGUGUGUGUCGUGUCUGCUAUGUCAGUGUAUUAGGAUUCAUCAAAUUAAUGUGUCUGUAGAAUAUAGACGUCAGACAGUGAAGUCAUUCUGAAGUCAAAGUUAAAAUUAUAAAAUUAUAUAUUUCAUAAAAAUAAAAGCUUAGGCUUAGCCUUAGGCAGGUUAGGGUGACCAAACGUCACAUAAAAACGGGAUUGUCCCGUUUAUUCACGAUUGUACCAGGUGUCCCAAAUAAGCUUCUCGGGAUGCCUAAAUGUCCCGUUUCUAAAACCAAACACAUCUUCAAAUCACUAAAACUUCCUAAUUUAUAAUAUAACUUCAAGUAAUAUUUUGGCUAGCUGUGUAGCCAUUGCCAGUAGUGAUGUGGGCUCACUUGAUUGCUGCACUGUUUGUGACGAUUUGAGGCUGGACUUAAUAGAAUUUCUUCCACCGUAAAUACGCCCUUGAAAACCCUUUUAAUAUAGUACCAUUCCCCCCCUCUUGUUUGCCCUGCAGUAGCAUAGCCCGAGUGACUCCCCUUAGUGUUAUCGCAUUUCUACACAAGGCCGCUCACCCCGAAAGCGUACAUUUUGUGUUCAACCCCUCUCACAGAGGAACCUUGAGAAAAUGAUACCAUUCCCCCCUCAUUUUUGCCCUGGAGACAGCAAAGCGGAGUAUCGUUCCUUGUUGUUAGUGAAUUUCUAAACCAGAAAACUCACGCAGAAGCCUGAAUUUGGAUUUCUCACAUCGCCCCGAUAAACUUUGAGGGUAGAAGGUCGAACCCGCAAUAUCAAAAGUGAUUAUCAUUGGAUGGGAAAACAUACAACAUUAAAAUCACCCAAUUGAAUCAUCACCCAACUCGAAUAAAUAGCUAGAACAAGCAAGAAUAUUUCUUUUAUGAUCAUCAUCACUUGAGUGUGAACGCUGAAGAUAACUUCACUAGAGACUUCAUAGCGUUAUCACUUGAAUGUUAACGCUGAAGAUAACUACACUAGAGACUUCAUAGCAUUAUCAUUAUCACUUGACUGUGAAUGCUGAAGAUAACUUCACUAGAGACUUCAGUAGCCUGAUCUAUAACUGCAACCUAGGAUAUUAGCAAGCAUAUGUCUUUUAAUAUCUGAUCACUUAACCGUGGACGCUGGAAGUAUCUAGACUUAGAACUUCAUUAGCGUGAUCAUUAACUGCGACUGCUACCUAGAGUACUAGUAAGAACGCAACCAUGAUUUUGAUAUUGCACUUGUAUUUUUGACUUUAACCUGGUUUAUAUUACUGGACCGACGCACCUUGAAGCUGGAACUAGGGGAUUGAUUUACGUCCUACACCAAACUACCUGACAGCCACUAGAAGGACUUCAAGAUCCAGGGACUCUCGCUACGACUAUUUAUCGCUGGAGAGUCAUCUUCCCCAUCGCAGAGAUGCCACGGAAUCUAUGGCCGGGAACUCCGACUUCGCUAUGCUUAGAACAGCUCUGAAGACCGGAACAGGGACACGCUUUUGGAACAGAAGGAACUCCCACACUGUGUGAUCCACCGAGAUCAGCACCGGAAUUAUAAAGGCUAAGUCAACAAAGAUUGAGCAUAGAACCUUGAGCAAUAUAGCAUUAAUAAUGAUGAUACCGUCAGUAUGUUAGGGACAAUUGUUUUGCAUUGAUAUACCUUUCUAAUUGGAUGAAAUCCAUUUGAUGUAUAUAUAUUAAUCACCUAGAGCGUAUUACGGAGGAAUUUGUAUAUAUCAUUAUUCAAAAAUACUUAUAGUUAUUUUCUCCUUUAACAAAGACUUGUUUCAGUCUUUACUAUAUGUAUAUAGAUAGGUUAUUAUGUCUGUGUGGUAAUUUGGCUUAAUUAACGAAUCCCUAGACAGAGUGCAAAGAGGAGAUCUCAUAUCCACCACUCUGCCGAUGCUGCGUAAAAGACUAUGUCCCUGCCAGAUUCACUGCAAAAUUAUUGUUUUCGUUUAUGAUAUCCUCAGAGUUUAAAUUAAAUUACAAAAGUAAAAGUGAAGGAAAUUUAAAGGAGCAUAUUUCAAUAAACAGUUUCCAGCAGAGGCCCCCGCCCCGGACCCCUCUUUAGCUGGAGGCUAUCACCCCAAACCCUCCUUGGGUGUAUCCCGUUUUUUCCAGUUCAUAAUUUGGUCACCCUAGCUUAGGUCCCAUUUGGCUAAGACUAAGGCUGACAAAUUAAUUUUAAAGACACUCUUGUUGAAAAUAUUAAAAUAUAGAUUAAGUUAAUAUUAGUUGAUACUAGGGUGCCCAAACAAUUCAUUAAUGGAGGAAUACAAUACUAAUAAUUUUCUAUGACUAAAAUAGGCAGAUUAAGAUAUAAUUUAAAUAUAGAAUAGUUCAGUAAUAAAUUUUAAUAAGAAUAAAUGCUAAUAUUAUUAAUAAAGCCCAGUAAUUUAGUACCUUAGUCGCCUAGUUCUAGCUAUUUCAUUUUUCACUAGCCUAAUAAUUUAAUGGGUUUGUGCAGGAAUGUUCCAUGCCAUGCACAUUGCCUACAAUAAAAAUAAUAAAAGACAUGGGCAUGGGCUGUACUCUAUGGAUUACAGACGUUUAGGACGAUUAGCCUGUGGCGUAAGGCUCGCAGACUUGUGUCAGUCCACAGACCACCAUUUGAGAAACACUGCUCUACUUUAUAUAUUUAAUAACAAACUGUUCUUUAUUAAUAAAUAUUAUUUGGUAACAUAAUUAAUUACCGGCAUAUUAUUUUAUUUCAAACAGGAGGUAAUAAAGAUGUGCACAUACUAGCUUCAGAUUUAUUUUACACUCAAGAUGUCUGUUUCACACCCACUCUUAAAGAUUUUAAAAGGUGAGAAUUUUAUUAUAAUUAUCUUCAUCAAUAACUUCCAUUCACUCUAACCUUAGAGAAAUGUUUAAAAAUUUUAAAAUCUUUUUGUAGUUGCAUUUGUAUUUAUUGAAUCAUGAAUGUCUGUCAUUGUAUCAUUAAUAUUCUAUCUUUUUCUUGAUUUUAGCCACAUUACUGGAGUUGUACAAUGAAGGAGGAAAAAUAUAUGACAUAAAUCUUCGACUUGUUCCAUUUUGUAGAGCAAUAGAAGAUAUUUUUCGCCUUGGGCUACACAGUAAGUAAAAAAAAAACUUCUUUUAGUUUUAGAAAGCUUAAGACAUUAAAUUAAAUAAUGCCGUUGCAAUAAAUAGGAAUGUCUGAUGUUUGUAAUUAAUUAAUAGUAAUAAUAAAUUUAUUAAAUUAUUAACAAAGAUUAAAAGAACACUUACUAACACUGUAGUUCUUUUUAAGACUUACACAAAUGGAUUUGUAAUCAUCAUUUAUUACUAGAGUGCGACACUUUUUCAGUAUUAACGAAUGAAACCGCACUAAAUUUAGAUGUCUGCUGACCCUCAGCCAUGUUAUUUUGAACGGAUAAAUUGAAAUUUUUGCUUCUUGUUGUAAAACAUUGAAUUUAUUGCACCACCAGUUUUAAAUGUGUGCACAAAUAUUUCUUGUCUUAAAUGUAUACAAACUGUACAAAGUUUGGGUAAAUCAUUGGAUUGCAUGGUGUAACACUGAAAACAUGCCAACUCCUUUUUUUUUUUUUUGCAAAUGAAAAGGGGUAGAUAUCCCCUCUUAUGAUUAGGGAGUUAUCAUUCCAGUGUAAAUCAGCUGAAAUGACGAUGGAGUGAGAAGAGAUGAGUCUUUGUUCAAAAUUUCAUAUAACACAUAUCUAGUUCAAGCUAUUCCAAUGUAUAUUGAAUUUCUCCUCAAAUAAAUAAGUUCCACAAGCGCUAUUUAUUUGUACAAACUAUUGUUGUGAAAAUAGCCAUGGAUACACAAAGUUAAAGCACACAAAAAUUCCUCUACUUAGACAAUGUUGAAUUCAGGUUUUACUUUAACACAAUAAAUGUGAAUCCAAUAGAACCAAAUUGUGAUGACAACAUUGAUGCACUGGGCACUGAGAUAUUUAUUUGUAUGUUUAGCUAACCACGGCCACUGGUUUGCAAAGUCUGAUUACUGGACAGUCUUUUCUAAGUUUGGAGAUAAGUAAGUUGGUCUUUUUUUUUUUACUCACCUCCAUUUCUUUGGAUUCAAAAUAUAUUUUUUAUAAAAUGUUUAUAAAAUUAUCUUAAAAUGAUUUAACAAUAAUAAUUAAAUAAUCUGAAAUGUUUUAGAAGUAGAAAUACCUUGCUUACAAAAUAAAGAUUAGUAGCUUUACACAUUAUAUAAAGUAAGUGAUUAAUCUCACCUCAUGGUGAUCACUUGACGAGAGCGGUCUGCCCCAAUCAAAUGGCUCGCCUAAUACUUUGAUGUGCCUGGUAAAUUGUAGUAACAGAGCUAAUGUAACACUACCGAAAUGCAUGCUGUAACAUAGAUUAAAUAGUAGAGAUUAAAGAAAAAUGUAACCCUACUGAAAUGCAUGCUGUAAAUAGAUUAAAUGGUAGAGAUUAUAGAAACAUGUAACCCUACUGAAAAGCAUGCUGUUACAUAGAUUAAAUGAGAGAACUCUGUAUGUGCUGGUGGAGCAACUAAUUUGGACCUACUUCAGCUUUUUGUUAAUAUAAAAAAACAACAUUUAAAUUUUAUAUAUUUGUCUAACAUAUUUCUUUUAUUGGACACACAAUCCUGAUUUGGUCUAACCUCAUGAAUUUGAUGAAGACCAAAAAGAGAAAAUAUGCCUGAAAAAUCAUAAUGUAGUAAAGGGAGUUAAAAUCGUUCACUUUGAAAAAAAUUAUAAUUAUUUUUCGUUGAAUGUCUUGAAUAAAUGACCAUCCCAAAUAUCCAUUAUUUUCAUAUACUUCACUGUAAAUAUUUUCAUUUGGACAAGGUUUAACUCUUUUUUUUUUUUAGUUAUAGAACUAAUUAUGGCAAUCCGACUUAAAGACAUUUUUUUUACAAAUUUACAAGGAGUUAUUUUGGAAAUGGCAUCCUCUAUCACCAAUCACAUACUGUCAUUCUGCCUCUAUCACCAACACAUACUGUCAUUCUGCCUCUAUCACCAAUCACAUACUGUCAUUCUGCCUCUAUCACCAAUCACAUACUGUCAUUCUGCCUCUAUCACCAAUCACAUACUAUCAUUCUGCCUCUAUCACCAGUCAUAUACUAUCAUUCUGUCUCUAUCACCAGUCAUAUACUGUCAUGGUGUACUGAUGAUUUAUUUAUAUUUAUUUAUUUAACCAUGACUUUGUUUAGGGCUGGCCCAGGAUUAUAUCAUCUGCUCAAAUAUGUCAAAGACAGCCAGAAGGUAUUGUAUUGUAAUGAUUUCACUGUAUAAACUUUGUUAUGAUUGAAAUAUUUAGCAUUUACUGUUAUAUCUUACUGAACGGAAUGGCUGAGAAUUGUUUUCAAUGCAUUCAUGUACAUUUUUAAAAUCACUUUCCAGCUAUUCAAAAUCAAGUUACUGAAAAUUUUAAACACACUUUUAAAAAAUAUACUCGAAUUAAUAAAUAAAAUUUAAACAAAUUAUUCCACGUAACUUUAUAAACUUUUUAUUCUUUUUGAAGAAGAAUAAAAAGUUUAUAAAGUUACAUGGACUUUUUUGUUGAAGUUUUUUAAAUUUAUUAAUCAAAUGGAGUUGAUUUAAAAAAAAAAAAAUAAUAAUAAUCUACUCCAAUUAAUUAAUAAAAAUUAAACAAAUUAGUUCAAGUAACUUUAUAAACUUUUUAUUCUUCUUCAAAACUAUCAUCUACUUACCCCUAGGAAUAUUAGUUUUGAUGCCUUGAAUUGCAGAUCACAACAGAACAAGGGAGAGGUAGACUGUUCAUCAGGGCAUGCCUUGUUAAGAAAGAUCUGGCCACACUGGUCAGGAAACUCAGGGGAGACAAGGCUUUUAUUGAGGUACCUGCCCAGUAUGCACAAAUAAAGGCUUUAAUUAUUCAAAUGCAUGAACCUAAAUUAUUUGGAAGAAUUGUUUACCAAUGGAAGAAAAUAUUUACCAAAAUCUCUUUUACCAGUUAGAAUUUGUUUUAAUAUUUAUUGAAAAAUUAUGAGAAUUAAUUUUCCUCUUGAGAAUUUUUAUUUAGUGAGUUUAUAAAAUUUGCCCUUUUUUACAUUAUUGUGAACAACUGAUAACCGAUUAGGGUAAAUUAUUGUUUUAAAAUGAUGUUAUUGUGAACAACUGUUAACAGAUUAGGGUAAAUUAUUUUAAAAAAAUGUUUUUAUUGUGAACAACUGUUAACCGAUUAGCUUAAAUUAUUGUUUUAAAAUGUUGUUAUUGUGAACAACUGUUAACUGAAUAGGGUAAAUUAUUUUUCAGAUGUGGUAUGAUUCUACGACAUCAAUCCUAAAUAACGACAUAUUGACUGGUAAGUCAGAAAAUCUGGAAGUGUAAAGGCGGGUGGGUGGGUUAAUCAAAAUCAAAAUACUUUAUUGACACACGUAAGUUGAUCUCACAUGCCACAUCGACGGGCCCUUAAAUAUCUGACCUGUCCAGGUAUGAUAAGACAGCUAACUAAUGGCAUGGUGAAGAUGAAAUAGAUUAAUAUAAAAGCAGUGCUUGUAAGUAGCUCUUGACCAUUGAUAUUUUCAAAUCAGCCUUUUGUCAGCCUUUCGUCAGCCUUUUGUCAGCUUUUCACAUUUUAGGAGUUUCUCCUUGUCAUUUUUGACAGGCUGCCGUGCACAGCAUUCAGCUCUUGUCAUAGCUCUUGUCAUAGCUCUUGUCAUAACUCUUGUCAUAACUCUUGUCAUAACUCUUGUCAUAACUCUUGUCAUAACUCUUGUCAUAACUCUUGUCAUAACUCUUGUCAUAACUCUUGUCAUAACUUGUGUCAUAGCUCUUGUCCUAACUCUUGUUAUAACUCUUGUCAUAGCUCUUGUCAUAGCUCUUGUCAUAACUCUUGUCAAAGCUCUUGUGUUGAUGUUGGGAAAUAUACUUUCAGAAAUCUUUCUCUCGUUGCUGGCAGAGGUACAAAACAUUCCUUUCAGUCUUUACCUGAAAAAUGCCAGUUUUCUCGAUGAUACCUGGGAAAUGGCUGUAAGUAACUUUGAAGAUUUUGUUUGUAUGAAAUUUGUUCUUGAAAGCUCAUAAUAUGAAAGGUGACUUUGUUGGUAAAUGAAGUUGUGUGAGUCAGGUCAAAUGACUUCAUCUUUGCUUGUCGCACACACACUGUAAAAUCUCAGAUACCCGUCCUGUAAAUGUAAAAUCUCAGAUACCCGUCCUGUAAAUGUAAAAUCUCAGAUACCCGUCCUGUAAAUGUAAAAUCUCAGAUACCCGUCCUGUAAAUGUAAAAUCUCAGAUACCCAUCCUGUAAAUGUAAAAUCUCAGAUACCCAUCCUGUAAAUGUAAAAUCUCAGAUACCCGUCCUGUAAAUGUAAAAUCUCAGAUACCCGUCCUGUAAAUGUAAAAUCUCAUGAUGUACCAUACACAAUACACAAUUUUGAUUUAUAUAGAGAGAAAAUAAAUUUUAUGGAGGCCUAUAAUAGUCAGCCAUAAUUUAAGUUUUUAUAGUAUUAUUAUUCUCCAGUGGUGCAUUCUUUUGCAGUGUAUGCCGGUAUAAUCUGCCGAAAUUUUAACACAGUGAGCAGUAAAAGAAAUUUGCAACCAUCAGGAGGGACAUUCUAGUAGCGUGUGAAAUAGAAUAUAUUUAGAUUAUAUGUACCGUUCAUGCACCAUCAUUCUAGUGGCCUACAUUAAAGAAAAUUGGGGCUUAUUAUAAACCAUUAGGUCAACAGGUCUGUUCCAUUAGGUCAACAGGGUUGUUCCAUUAGAUCAGCAGUGUUGUUCCAUUAGGUCAGCAGUGUUGUUCCAUUAGGUCUACAGUUUUGUUCCAUUAGGUCUACAGUGUUGUUCCAUUAGGUCAAAAGGGUGGUCUGUUAAUGUUAGGUCAACAAGAUUGUUCCAUUAGGUCAACAGGAUUGUUCCAUUAGGUCAACAGGGUAGUAUUUUACCCAAAAGCCAGCUUCCAAUGCUCAAGUGGGUUUAAAAUAUGUUUGUUUCAGGAAUACAGAGAAUAUGAAUUUGUGCCUUGUGAUGUGCUGGGAAUCCAUCUACAGUGAGUAUAUGAUUUAGUGGCGUACCACAAGUUAUGUUGAACAUCUAUUACGUGUUCCCAUGCCAUAAAAAAAUUCAAUCACUCUCUACCGUUAAGAUUUUAACUGAGUUAGUGAAUCUGAAUCUAUCUUUUGUAACUGAGUUAGUGAAUCUGAAUCUAUCUUUUGAAUUUGAUUUUCUAUCAAGUCAUGUUCAUGGAUCUCAGAGUUCUUAGAACAGCAUGCUUGGGGGUUGGCAAAGAACAAUACAGCAUGCUUGGGGGUUGGCAAAGAACAAUACAGCAUGCUUGGGGGUUGGCAAAGAACAAUACAGCAUGCUUGGGGGUUGACAAAGAACAAUACGGCAUGCUUGGGGGUUGACAAAGAACAAUAGAAAAUUAUUGGCACUUGUAUAUGUCUAUAGUAGUGAGAAGACAAGAUGCCCAUGAAAAGACAUAUCUCUCUAAAAAUAACCUGGAAACAUUUGUUUUAUUUGCCCCUUUACAGUUUCAUCAACACACAUCUGGUAGUUACAGAUAUUGACCCCGAGAGUGUUGCCGGUGAAGAUGUGAGUAACAGCAUAUUGUUCAAUUUUUGUUCUUUAAGUGCACUGUGACAAGAUGUCAGUGACAAGAUGUCAGUGACAAAGAUGUCAGUGACAAAGAUGUCAGUGACAAAGAUGUCAGUGACAAAGAUAUCAGUGACAAGAUGUCAGUGACAAGAUGUCUGUGGCAAGAUAUCUGUGACAAGAUGUCAGUGACAAGAUGUCAGUGACAAGAUGUCUGUGACAAGAUGUCAGUGACAAGAUGUCAGCUCAGACUUCUAGAAAACCCUCAGAAAAAGACAAUGUCAGCUCAGACUUCUAGAAAACCCUCAGAAAAAGACAAUGUUGGCUCAGACUUCUAGAAAACCCUCAGAAAAAGACAAUGUUGGCUCAGACUUCUAGAAAACCCUCAGAAAAAGACAAUGUUGGCUCAGACUUCUAGAAAACCCUCAGAAAAAGACAAUGUUGGCUCAGACUUCUAGAAAACCCUCAGAAAAAGACAAUGUUGGCUCAGACUUCUAGAAAACCCUCAGAAAAAGACAAUGUUGGCUCAGAAAGAAUAUCCUUAAAACAAGUGGAUUAAAAGUGGGGUUAAACUAACUGGCAUUUUUGUUGUUCCAAGACUCUCUGUUGUUCUUGUACUUUAGGGUAAAGUCUGCAUUGGUGAUGUCAUGGAUGAGCUGUAUUCAGAGAGUCUGAGGGGAGCCAAGAGAGGAAAGGUUGGUGGAGCUUUUCAUAUCUGUGGGGGUCUUGCAUCUCUGUGGGGUCAUUCGUCUCAGUGGGGUCAUUCAUCUGUGUGGGGUCAUUCAUCUGUGUGGGGUCAUUCAUCUGUGUGGGGUCAUUCAUCUGUGUGGGGUCAUUCAUCUGUGUGGGGUCAUUCAUCUGUGGGGUCAUUCAUCUCUGUGGGGUCAUUCAUCUCAGUGGAGUCAUGAUUCUCUGUGGGACACAAAAAGUCAAAUACCACUGUCAUAAAACACCAGAUGGUGUGCAAGUGAUAAAACACAAAACAAAAAAAAACAAAAAAUAUUUGCUUCAAAAAAACUAUUCCAACUUUUGAAUUUCAUUUAUAUUUUAUUCCAACUUUUUGAAUUUUAUUUAUAUUUUGGGUAUAAUUUAUAAUUUUAGUCCCUGGCUGCUAUAUAUUUUUGCAAUAUGAAAACAAAGUCUAAAUGAUUUUCUCUUGGCUUGGGUUGGUAGAUAUGGGAAAUUAUAUUCUCUUGGCUUAGGUAAGUAGGUACCGUAUGGGAAAGGAUAUUCUAUUGGCUUAGGUAGGUAGGUAUGGGAAAUGAUAUUUUAUUGGCUUAGGUAGGUAGGUAGGUAUGGGAAAUGAUAUUUUAUUGGCUUAGGUAGGUAGGUAUGGGAAAUGAUAUUCUAUUGGCUUGGGUAGGUAGGUAAGGGAAAUGAUAUUCUAUUGGCUUGGGUAGGUAGGUAAGGGAAAUGAUAUUCUAUUGGCUUGGGUAGGUAGGUACGGGAAAUGAUAUUCUAUUGGCUUACGUAGGUAUGUAUGGGAAAUGAUAUUCUAUUGGCUCAGGUAAGUAGGUAAGGGAAAUAAAUCAUCAGAUUCUGUAGCUAAUAAUGAUAUAAAUAACCCAUACAAUGGUAGAGACUGAUUUUGAUAUCUCAUCACUGAUAUUGUCCCCCUCUCAGGUGAGAGAUCUCUUCCAGGUGUACAAAGGCAUGCCUGUAUAUGUUAGUUUUGUCAAGGUGAGUCAUGCCUGUAUAUGAUAGUUUUGUCAAGGUGAGUCAGGCCUGUAUAUGUUAGUUUUGUCAAGGUGAGUCAUGCCUGUAUAUGUUAGUUUUGUCAAGGUGAGUCAUGCCUGUAUAUGUUAGUUUUGUCAAGGUGAGUCAUGCCUGUAUAUGUUAGUUUUGUCAAGGUGAGUCAUGCCUGUAUAUGUUAGUUUUGUCAAGGUGAGUCAUGCCUGUAUAUGUUAGUUUUGUCAAGGUGAGUCAUGCCUGUAUAUGUUAGUUUUGUCAAGGUGAGUCAUGCCUGUAUAUGUUAGUUUUGUCAAGGUGAGUCUUCUUUAUUUUGCUAGCAAGUUACUGAAAAUAUUUUAAAAUAUUUUUAAAAAACUCGCUUUGGAGACUUAAAAUAACCGUUGAGUUGUGCCGUAAUUCUUGUGUGUUUGUUUAUGAUGUCUCAUUCUAAAUUAUAAAUAAAAUCUUAAAAGCAACAAAUUAAUUAAAAUCAAAUGCUGCAUGUGUUCUAUUUUUAGAUAUGGCCAAUGACAAUGCCUUAGACUAACUCUUAAAUUGCGAGACAUGUUAACAUUCUUUUUUUGUUAUUGCACUUGCAGGCUCGUCUGCCCGAUGGUCAGAUCUACAGGCCAGUUUCCACUCUUCUGCGCCAGCUGGACGUGGACCUUGCCCAGGCGGGGUUAAGUCGGGACCGCAGCCAGUCUGGUGCCACCAUUCCCAGCAGCCGCAAGCCCGCCCACGCCUUGCUGCCAGAAGAGGAAGAGGAUGAGAUUCCUGUCCAUGGACCUGAUGGCAAGUAGGUGUUGAUGACCUGACAGGACGACAUUUUAGACGUUAAAACUUCAUGAUAUAUUGAUGUUGAUGAAUCACACAAUUUAGUUUGUCUGAUAAUCAAUGUUUUCUGCAUUUAUAUUUUAUUCAUAUUUUACUUCUUAAUAUUAGGAUCUGCUUUUUAAAUCAACUUUCACCUAAGGUAAUGUAAUGUAAAGUAAUGUAAUUUAAAAAUCUAUUUCUCUGCUUGGACAGGGCCGAGUACACAGUCGUUUACAGGGGAGUCUACCCUCUAGGGGAGGUAAGUGCAGAUUUUUGACAUCAAAUAACUUUGUCACUUUCCUGCACUAUCUGUUCAUAUUUCCUGCACUUGUCUGUUCAUAUGUCCAGCACUUGUACUGUUCACAUUUCCUACAUUCAGAUAACCAAAAUUGAUGUCUCAGCUCCUUCAAGUAUGUUUGGUGAAUUACUUGAAAUGUCUUUCAUAAAGCGGACAUGUGAGAGAAAGCAUCAUAUUUUUCAAUUGACAUUUCACUUUUUAUUUUUUUAUAGCUGCUCAGCUGUUUCUUCAUAUCAGAUACAUUGGAUGUAAUUCAUGGCAUGGUGCUUCAACGCAGUAAAACAAUUAUUAUUAGUUUAACAUUUUUUAGAUGUUUAAAGUUCCAAUCAUGUCAUCAAUAGUUAAAAAGAAAUAUUUUAAUUACAUUUUCAAAUAAUUUGAAUAAAAAAUGAAACUCACACCUGAAACCUGCAUUAAUCUCAUGUCUUUAAAAAUUCAUUACAAUGCAUGAAUUAAAAACUAUUAUCCCCAUCAUUUUUCUAGCGUCUCCAACUUUUGUCAAAUCAACAAACAUCGUUCCACAUGUGCAAAAUGACUAAGUGUAUCUAGCUUCAGCUUACAUCUUUAAUUGAGUUGCAUAAGAUAACAUUGGUAAUAUUUUCCUUGUGUUAAAGACAAUGCUCUUUCUCACUACAUAGGGUGGUAGAGUUGACAGAAUUCAUAAUUCUAUUGAGCAUGAUCUACUAGAUAUCAAACUCAAUGCUUUCUCUCACUCUUUAGGAUGGUAGAGUUGACAGAAUUCAUGACUCUAUUGAGCAUGUUCUACUAGAUGCUGGACGUAAGAAAGAGGUCAGUGCAAAAAGGUUGAUGGCUUUAAUGUAUUUAAUGUAUUAAGGGCAACAGCGCUUGCUGUGAUUCGGUCAUUGAUUUUAUUUGAACAUUUAUGAGCUAAAACUUAAAAACACAAACUCACCAUUUUGGAAGAGAUUACAACGCAGCAAGAAAGCAAAGUUACUGGUUUAUGCUCAUAAUAGCAAAAAUCUGACAAUUUAAUGUGCAUGUGACACUGAAAUAGAGAAAUAUGACAAUGUAAUGUGCACGUGACACUGAACAUGAGAAAUAUGACAAUGUAAUGUGCAUUUGACACUCAACAAGAGAAAUGCUGCAAUAUGACUUGAAAGUUUUGUGCUAGAUUAGCAUGGAGUUCUGCUAUAUAAUAUAUCCUCUACAUGUUUGUUGGGAUGUCCUCUACAUCCAUUGAUAGAAUUCACUUGACAAUAUAGUUCUCUGCAUUAGUUGUGAUGGGUGAUAAGGUUCCCUCCUUUCUCAUGGGGAGGAACAUACAGAAAACAUCCCGAUGACACUGAUUACGUUAAGAGCAAUACAAGACCUCUUUGAAGAAUAUCUUUUAAUAACGAUGUGACCUAAUUUCAAAUAUUCAUGUGCUACACUACAGUGCAGCUCACUUAAGUCAUACUGCUCUUACUUUAGUAAUACUGCUCUCACUUAAGUCAUACUGCUCUCACUUAAGUAAUACUGCUCUCACUUAAGUCAUACUGCUCUCACUUAAGUCAUACUGCUCUCACUUAAGUCAUUCUGCUAUCACUUAAUUCAUUCUGCUCUCACUUUAGACAUCCUGCUCUCACUAAAGACAUCCUGCUCUCACUAAAGACAUCCUGCUCUCACUAAAGACAUCCUGCUCUCACUAAAGACAUCCUGCUCUCACUUAAGACAUCUUGCUCUCACUAAAGACAUCCUGCUCCAACUACUAUUCAUAACAACAAACAUUCCAAGGUUCUAACUUAUAACUUGUGCACCACACAACACAAGACAUAACAAACGGUGUGCAUGAAUUUUACUAUAUAUUUUAUACAGGACAGUUGUUUGAGGGCAAGGCAAUAGGGUUUUAUUUCCCCAGUAUAUCAACAGUUAUUUCUGUAUCACAAAUAUUUUCUUUAGGUUGUGAAAAUCCUAACAACCGAGACAGGUGUUGAAGUAAGACGACUCUCUGACAAUGAGGUAAGUUGAUUACAAAACAUCCUCUCUAACUUUUUAAUCUUCUGUCGUUUCUUCAUCCACACUUCAUCAGUUUAUUUUUCUUAGUCACACAUAAGCUACUUACUCACCAAUGACCAGUAGCAUGACCAGACCUUGUACCUUGACCAGUAGCAUGACCAGACCUUGUACCUUGACCAGUAGCAUGACCAGACCUUGUACCUUGACCAGUAGCAUGACCAGACCUUGUACCAUGACCAGUAGCAUGACCAGACCUUGUACCUUGACCAGUAGCAUGACCAGACCUUGUACCUUGACCAGUAGUAUAGCCAGACCUUGUACCAUGACCAGUAGCAUGAUUAAACCUUGUACCAUGACCAGACCUUGCACCAAGACCAGUAGCAUGACCAGACCUUGCACCAAGACCAGUAGCAUGACCAGACCUUGUACCAUGACCAGUAGCAUGACCAAACCUUGUACCUUGACCAGUAGCAUGACCAGACCUUGUACCUUGACCAGUAGCAUAGCCAGACCUUGUACCAUGACCAGUAGCAUGACCUAACCUUGUACCAUGACCAGUAACAUGACCAGACCUUGCACCAUGACCAGUAGCAUUGCCAAACCUUAUACCAUGAUCAUUAACACACUCAAGAGUAGAUCAAAUCCCUUUCCUGGUGGACCAUUUCAUUUUACAAAACAACUUUCAUUUGCUUACCAUUUAACCUGCAUUUAGGAGUUGCUCUCUUACCAUUUAACCUGCAGUUGCUCUCUUACCAUUUAACCUGCAUUUAGGAGUUGCUCUCUUACCAUUUAACCUGCAGUUGCUCUCUUACCAUUUAACCUGCAGUUGCUCUCUUAUUAUUUAACCUGCAGUUGCUCUCUUACCAUUUAACCUGCAGUUGCUCUCUUACCAUUUAACCUGCUGUUGCUUUCUUACCAUUUAACAUGCAUUUAGUAUUUGCUCUCUUCAGUCAGAUCAAUUUCCUUGCAAUGCAAGUAUUUCUUCUAAAAAAUCCCUGCUUUUUGUCAUUCUGUAUAUGACAUAAUUAGCCUAAAAGAUUUGUUUUGUACCCAACCUCUCACAGCAUAACUGUCCCUAAUACAGCAUAACUGUCCCUAAUACAGCAUAACUGUCCCUAAUACAGCAUAACUGUCCCUAAUACAGCAUAACUGUCCCUAAUACAGCAUAACUGUCCCUAAGACAGCAUAACUGUCCCUAAUACAGCAUAACUGUCCCUAAGACAGCAUAACUGUCCAAAGCCUAAUGCGCUUUAGCUUGUCAAUAAAAACAUAACCUGCAUCUCUGUAAAGUUGAAUCUCUUACCUUGAAUUUACAAAUGCAGGUUUCAUUCAUAUUAAACAAUGCAAGUUUUUAUACUAACCAGUCAUGCAUUACAUUGAAUUAACCAAUGCCAGCUUCUAUACUAACCAAAAUGUAACAUGCCUUCCAGCUGUUGUUGUCCCACUCUUACACAGAAGUCUCUGCUUGUGGCAGGAGGACAGAUAUGCUAUUAUUUUUUGGCUACAUCGCUGGGUAAGAUUAGUUUGGUGCUGAAAUGUGCUGCCAACCCACAGCCAUGUUUGUAGCUUUGUUUCCUCAGCAAUCUCAUAUUAGCUAACAGGGAAUAAACUGUUGAAUUACUUUUGUGCUUGUAGGCAGGGAUCAGUGGUGGGGAUUUGAGAUUUGAAUUUUUAUUUUUUAGAAUAGCAAUUAGACCAAGAGUAAUUAAAAAGUAAGAAUUUUGAAAGGGAUAACUACUCUAAGUUUGUUGUGUACCAUACAUGGUGAUUACUACCCUGUGUUUGUUGUGUACCAUCAUUGUCCAAAAUGAAAAAUAAAAAUAAUUUUUUAUUAAUGAGUUACAGAUGCCUAAAAGGUCCAUAUUAUUUUAACAAAUUGUUACAUAUCUUUAACAUUAUAUAAAGCAGAAUUUUACUAAAAGUAAGAUGAGAUUAUAAAAAUGGGAUGGAGAAUAUCACAAAAAUGAUGUUUAUCUGAAUCCGGGGAAACUCAUUUGCACAUAUUUUUUUCUCUACUCACCUCCCUUUCAGAGAAACCACCUGUAACAUGGCGAAAGAUUUCAAAUGUUUUGUCUUUGAAAGUGAUGACCAAGGGGAG